CCCCCCUUCAUUUUUUGAUCAACUUUUAGAGAGAGAGAGUGACAGAGGUUUUUUCCCAAAGCAAAACCGCCAUGUCUCUGGGUUAUGCAGAGAAGCUUUCGUACAUAGAAGAUGUGGGCAAAGUUGGAAUGUCAGAGAUUUUCGACCCACCUGACGUUUUGCAAGAGAAAAUUGAACGACUUGCCAUGAUGAUACAGAAGAGUAAGCAUCUAGUGGUGUUUACGGGAGCAGGAAUUUCUACUUCUUGUGGUAUACCUGACUUUCGUGGUCCUAAAGGCAUUUGGACUCUUCAGCGGGAAGGCAAAGCGCUGCCAGAAGCAUCACUGCCAUUUCAUCGUGCAAUGCCAAGCAUGACCCACAUGGCUUUGGUUGAACUAGAGAAAGCUGGUCUUCUAAAGUUUGUUAUCAGCCAGAAUAUUGAUGGCCUGCAUCUUCGUUCUGGAAUACCAAGAAAGAAACUUGCCGAAUUGCACGGGAACUCCUUCAUGGAAAUUUGUCCUUCUUGUGGAUUUGAGUAUUUGCGAGAUUUUGAGGUGGAAACUAUUGGAUUGAAAGAGACACCACGAUGUUGUUCCAAUGCAGCUUGUGGCUCAAAACUUAAGGACACGGUUCUCGAUUGGGAGGAUGCUUUGCCCCAAAAGGAGAUCAAUCCAGCAGAGAGGCAAUGCAGAAUGGCUGAUGUCGUAUUAUGCUUAGGGACAAGUUUGCAGAUCACUCCUGCAUGCAAUUUGCCACUCAAAUCACUUCGUGGUGGAGGGAGGAUUGUAAUUGUGAAUCUUCAGAAAACUCCAAAGGACAAGAAAGCUAGUUUGGUGAUCCAUGGCCCAGUAGAUAAGGUUGUUGCAGGAGUCAUGGACCUACUUAAUUUGGGGAUUCCUCCAUUCAUUAGACUUGAUCUUCUCCAAACAAUUUUCACACAGGCCUUAAGUUUAGAUAAAAGAUAUGUGAACUGGACACUGAGGAUAACAAGUGUGCAUGGAAAUAGAGCUCCACUGCCAUUCAUCAAAUCAGUUGAGGUUUCCUUCUCAGAAAGUCAAAACAUGAAAGCAGCUGUCCUACAGGAUCAACCACUUCUGUUGAAAAGGAGAACAGUGAGGACGGCAAAUCCUUUUGAUAUUCUGUUGAAACUGAACUUCAGCAAUGGUUGUAAGUGCUCAUGCACCCAGAUCAAGAUUCCAGUUGAUUUUCAGGCUUCAGCGGACUUUUUGAAACACGAUAAGGAUUCCAUAUUUCAAAAGCUGAAAGAUGAAGCCAUCCAAGAUCCAUGCUGUGGGCAAAAUGCAGUUGUUGAGAGAAAGGCCACUCUAGUUCCCAAAAGCGAGGUCAUUGUCCAUGCAAUUGUAACCAACAUUGUUGGGUAUGAAAGACCUCCUAAAGCCACGACUUUAAGUAAUGGCACCUUGAAAAGAAAAAAUGAAGACGUGAGUGACAUUGAAACAUCUCAGAAGCGAUCAAAGGGACAGCGAUCAAAACGUCGGCGUAAGCACAGGAUGACAGAAGUAGACAGUAGUUGGUGAUGAUAUGGUGGUUGAUAGAGCUGUGUAGAUAUGCUAUACUAUUAGAUAGAACUAUGGGUACAUGCAAAUAUGCAGGGGCAGCAGGGGCUGAGUGAAUUUUGGUAGAUAAUACCCUCAGUCUCACAGAUAAUAGGAAGAUGGAACUUUGGUUGACCUGAGCCAGUUUUGUAGGUUAAAAAUUCUGGAAUUCAUGCAUUUCAUGGUGAGCAUGGUUUAAAGUUUCUUGGUUAAUUGUUGCAUUUCCUAUUGAAAUAUAAUUG